CGAGACAGCAUACUCACGGUAGAAUAUUUAUAAUCAAAAUUCUGAUUGGUGAAGUUAUCAAAUGAAAUUGAUCAGUCGCUCACACAUCUCAAUGACAUAACAGUAUAAAUUAUAGAGAAAAUUCUUAAUUAUAUAUAUUCAUAAAAUGGGAACAUUUCUAGGACAUAUUUAUCCAGGACUUCUCGUAGUAAUCAUCGGAUUACGUAAUCUAUGGAUAAACUUGAGAUCAUUUUAUACUGAAGAGUGUAAUCAUAACGGGAAGAAUGAUUGUCGAAAUCCCUAUGAUUUCAAGAGUAAUCUAAAAGAAUCCAUAUUCUAUAUUAUAACUGGGAUUAUAUGUUCUGGGAAUGAAAUAAUAACUGUUUUAAUGUACGAUGGAUAUUAUUUUGGAGGGCAUAGUUAUCAACAUAUGACAAUAUUUAUUGUGAUAUUACUUUAUGGUGUGAUUCGAAUUAUUCUGUCCUACAAAUUACCUCAUUUAUUUAAGCAGAUUUGUGAUUUAUUUUACCUUAUGAUGGGAUGUGCUGUAUACUUUUCACUGAUGUUUCAUUUACACAAACGACCUCCAUUCGAUACACAUGUGCAUAUUAUUUUGGUUCAUACAAUAUUAUUUACAAUUAUAUCACAUAUUGCACAGAUUAUUUCCAAUUCUAAUCCAAUCUUCAGUUUGAUGCAUAAUUUUUGUUUCAUAUUAAUUGGUUCGUGGCUUUGUCAUAUUGGAUUAUACCUUUUUUCACCAUGGAGUUGGUUAAUUAUUCGGGAUCAGAAUGACGUAAUAUCCAUUAUACACGCGAAUAACACCUUCUCAUAUCAUAUGAUAAUGAUCUGUUUGACUAUAAUCCUGAUGAUGUUUAUUUUAAAUAGAAAAAGUCGGCAUACAAUACAACAAUCUCGUUUUUCUGAACACAAUCUACAAAGACCCCCUGUGAAACAAUGUUAUUCAUGAACAGUUAACGAGUAUCGAUCUAUGAGCUGAAAUUGCAGAUAACGUUUUUAAAUAAAUAUGGUUGUGAAUUUCUGUAGCUCUUUUGUCACCUUACAAUCUUAUUGAUAGAUAAACUUAUCAAAGUAACUUCAAAAUGAUCUUUCAAGGAUUUAUUGUUUUGCAGAUAAAUAUAUACAUCAAAAGUUGAUAAUUCUUUUUAAAAAAAAAAUAAAAACAAUGGUUUUGUGUGACCAUUGUUCUUUCCCCCCCCUUAUGCUAGAUUUUCAACAGUUGUUUAAUGAAAUGAAGAAUAAUGAUAACUUCUUUGCUUGUCGGCAGUUCACGAAAACUUCACAAGAUUCUCUUGCAUUAGAAUGUAUUAUUUGAAAUGGAACUCAUAACUUUAUUAAUUCUGUCAAGCAAAACAAUGUUGUUGUGUAACAUGAUCGGUUAGAACUCUUAAUUUACAUACUGGUUUAACUAAUUAAAAACUGCAUAUGACUAGUCGUUCCC